AUGGCAGCCACCAGUUCAGAACAAAAUGCACCGGCUCAAGCUAAUGGAACCCAGGAAGCAGGACAAAGACAGGCUGACCAAGAAUGUUGGCAUCAUGGCUGUUUAAUUCUCCAAAUUGAAGAGAUAUCAUCAAUGGAGGAAGGGGAGGAACUGUCUGUCCUGUAUUUACAAGACCCAGUGGAAAGGGAAUUGCUGAGGGGUGACCACACAGCUGAUGAUAGGAUUCCGAGAGAAAAAAAGGAGAAGGAUCCUCAUCAGGAGUAUCCUGAGGAAUUGGAACCACAUGGGAAGCUGCCAGGGAUCGCCAAAGACAAUAUUUUCCACUAUUCUGAUCAAGCGAAAGCCUGUGAGAAUCAGCAUAGACCAGAGAGCAAGCAGGAAGGAUUUCUAGCGAAGAAAUGGUAUAAAUCAACUCAAUCUGAAAGAGAUUUCAGCAAACCCCAAAAUGUUAUCGUCCACCACAAAAUCAACACCGGAGGGAAACCAAACAUAUGUGCUGAAUGUGGCAAAAGCUUCAGUCGGAGCUCUACACUCUUCCAGCAUCAGAGAAUCCACACGGGUGAAAAACCCUAUAAGUGUCGGGACUGUGCAAAAAGCUUCUGUCAGAGCUCAACGCUCAUUCAGCACCAGAGAAUGCACAGAGGAGAGAAACCUUAUCAGUGUCCUGACUGUGGUAAAGGUUUCCUUUGUAAAUCAGGACUUACAAUCCAUCAGAGGAUCCAUACAGGCGAGAAGCCUUAUGGAUGCAGUGACUGUGGCAAAAGCUUCAGGACGAAGUCCCAACUAGUAUCACAUCAGAGAGUCCACACCAAAUAG